GAUCUCGAAUCUUGACAUCCUUCAUGACGUCAUUUUGAAAAACGUGAGGUAUUUGUUGUUUUAGGUUAGGUCUUUCUAAUUUCCUUUUUACUGCCUUGCACGUGGCUCUGUUAAUCCAUUUCACCAAGACCAAACAAAAUGAUUGUCUCAGUCAACAACACAGAAGUGAAAAUUGGCAAAAGCGCUAUCGGUGUCAAGAAUCUUUCAAAGAAAUCGAAAAAAAUAAAGAAAGAGAAAUCUGAUAAGAAGACUAAGGAGCCUAAGAAAAAAACUAAUCAUGAUGAAGCAGCGCGGAAAAAAAUUUUAGAGCAGCGACUAGCAACAGAUAAAUUGAAACAGGAUAGAUGGAUUGAAAUUUUAAAGGAUGUCCUUGCCCGCAGUGAUACAUCUGAUGUACAUAAACUUAUGUUGGAGAAGUGCCUUGAGCCACAAUUUGUUCGUUAUGUGCCCAGAAAAACAAAGAAAAGUUUUGUGAAUCUCAUAAUCUUGUCUGGUGGGUUUGAAGCAAAACAUUCAAAAACAGCGGAAGAACUUUUUGCCAUCCUCAAAACUGCUGAAGGCUCUGUGCCAAACUCUGUCAAGAGGAGGGAAGCUCGAUUGAAGAAAAUGCAGAAGAAGAAGCUAAGGAAAGCAAUGAAGGCAGGCCAAGAAGGAGGAGCUCCGGCUAAGGUGAAAGUAGAGAAGGCUGAAAAAAUGGAGGAAGAUGGAAACGAUGAUGAGGAGAUGGCUGAAGUAAAGACUGAGGUAAAAUCUGAACCAGAGAGCGACAAUGAAGCAGGCGGAACCAGUGGACCAACUCUGAAAGUAAAAGGACGAUCCAAGAAGAACAGGGUAAAAUUGGAAAAAGUAGGAAGUAAAGUGCUCCAUUUGCAAGGAAAGCUGAACAAAAACAAGAAAGGCAAAGGAAAAGACAACAAUAAGAGACGAAGCAAGUGAACCACCGAAGCCACACUUUUUAUGGUCUGACAACAGCUUGUUUAUGUACAGUUUUCUGCAGACGAAUCUGAUCUCUUUGUAUAUCAUUCUCCGGCUGCACGAAGGAGACAAUCUUAAUGAGUAAAAAACUCACCAGAACUGCAGAAUUUGAAUUAUGUUUUUUCUCUGGUGAAUAUUUAGAAAAAAAAUGAUUUUUCUAGAAGCAACAUUGA